AUGUCUCUCAAAAACAACAAGGAGGCAUUGUUCGUUCCCUCUUUGGCCUCAUCUCGAGGCAUGCCAUCCACUAAUACUGUUGGUAGGGGUUCAAUGACACCCAUCACGAAAGCACCAGCCAAAGAAGGACUCCCAAGUACUGAGAAAGGCAAUAGUAAAGAAUUGCCCACGGAGUCUUCCAGUGCACCUUCCCCUGCAAACCGUGCUCAACAAUCCGAAACAAGGCAGCGGCAACUGGGGGCACCACAACUGGAGCGCUGGGCUUAUGAGGUCUCGAACAGCGAACUGACGCUUACCGAGAGGCUCGAGAGAUCGAGAUGGGAAUGUGCCAGUGAUUAA